CGCCGCCGCCGCUGCCGGGGCUGGAUGGGGGGCCGCCAACCAGUGCCACCCAGAAGAAAGAGACGCGGCGGCGGCGACGCCGACACCUGCAAGACGAGAGUCCCGAUCUGCCCGCGAGCAGGCGGCGAGGCCCGGCCCCCGCGGUCCCUGCUGUAGAGAAGCCGCCGUCGCUGCCGCGGCCGGGUCUCCCUGGGCACUCCCCCCUCAGGUCUCAUUCACACUCAGGACCCCGCGCUGCGCCAUGUUCAAGAAACUGAAGCAAAAGGUCACCGAGGAGCAGCAGCAGCAGCAGCAGCUCCAGCCGGCGCUGGCCUCUACUCAGGCUUCCUCCAACUGCUCAACGCCAACAACCAGGAGCAGGACAUCUUCAUUUGCAGAGCAACUGGAUGAAAGUACACCCAAUAAAGAGCUACUAGCCGGGAUGAUAGCAGAGCCUGCUUUUCUCUCUGAGUAUACUAUCUUUGCUUUGGAUUCCUCCAAACAGCCUAAAACACAGACUGACAGUGUGAAUGCAUCUAUCCAAGCCACGAAAUCUCCUGACAGUGUUAAUGGAAGUGAACCAACGACUCCUCAGUCCAGUGACACGCAGUCUUUUGCACAGAAGCUUCAGCUCCGGGUGCCUUCCAUGGAGUCUUUGUUUCGAAGUCCAAUAAGGGAAUCUCUAUUCCGAUCUUCUUCUAAAGAGUCUUUGGUACGAACGUCUUCCAGAGAGUCCCUGAACCGACUUGACCUGGACUUCUCUGCUGCCACCUCUGAUCCACCCUCUGAUAUGGAGAGCGAGGCCGAAGACUCACUGGGGAAUUUAGACAGCCUCAACAAAGAACAGUUGGUUCAGUGGUUGCGUAGGAUGGAACGAAGGUUGAAUAGCUACAAAGGAAAAUAUUCUGAGAUUGUUACAGCUUAUCAGACGCUUCAGAGAGACAACAAAAAGCUCCAAGGUAUAUUAAGUCAGGGUCAGGAUAAAGCACUUCGGAGAAUUGCGGAGUUAAGAGAGGAGCUCCAAAUGGACCAGCAAGCAAAGAAACAUCUCCAAGAGGAGUUUGAUGCAUCUUUAGAAGAAAAAGAUCAGUAUAUCAGUGUUCUCCAGACUCAGGUUUCUCUGCUGAAACAACGGUUACGAAAUGGCCCAAUGAGUCUUGAUUUACCAAAACCACUCCCUCAGACAGAACCGCAGGCUGAAGGUGUCACUAAAGAGAAUACAGAGGGUGAUGCAGAGCCAGUGGUGGGAGAUGGAGCUUCUGCCACAACACUGGAAAUACUUCAACAAAGAGUUAAGCGUCAAGAGAACCUACUGCAGCGCUGUAAGGAAACAAUUCAGUCACAUAAGGAGAAAUGUACACUGCUAACCAGUGAAAAAGAAGCACUGCAAGAACAACUAGAUGAAAGGCUUCAAGAACUAGAAAAGAUGAAGGAGCUUCAUAUGGCUGAGAAGACUAAACUUAUCACUCAGUUACGUGAUGCAAAGAACUUAAUUGAACAGCUUGAACAAGAUAAGGGAAUGGUAAUAGCAGAGACAAAACGGCAGAUGCAUGAAACCCUGGAAAUGAAAGAAGAAGAAAUUGCUCAACUUCGUAGUCGCAUCAAACAGAUAACUACCCAGGGAGAGGAGUUACGGGAACAGAAAGAAAAGUCUGAGAGAGCUGCUUUUGAGGAACUCGAAAAAGCCUUGAGUACAGCCCAAAAGACAGAAGAAUCACGGAGAAAAAUGAAGGCAGAAAUGGAUGAACGAAUAAAAGCUAUAGAGAAGACACGCGAGGAGGAACGCGCCAGUCUUCAGCAGGAAUUAAGUCGCGUGAGACAGGAGGUCGUCGAUGUAACGAAAAAAUCCUCAGAACAAAUUGCUAAAUUAAAGAAACUUCAUGAAGAGGAGCUGGCCAGCAAAGAUCGGGAGCUGACCAAGAAGUUUCAGACCCAAGAAAGGGAAUUUCAGGAGCAGAUGAAAGUUGCUCUUGAAAAAUGUCAGUCAGAAUAUAGGAAGAUCACUCAAGAAAAAGAACAGCAGGAAUCUUUGGCCCUGGAAGAGUUAGAGUUGCAGAAAAAAGCAAUCCUCGCCGAGAGUGAAAAUAAACUUCGGGAUGCUCAGCAAGAAGCAGAGACUCACAGAACUAGAAUUCUUGAAUUAGAAAGUUCUUUGGAAAAAAGCUUACAAGAAAGUAAAAUUCAAUCAGAAGAUUUAGCUAUAAAUUUGGAAGCUGAAAAAAAUAAGCACAAUAAGGAAAUUACAAUCAUGGUUGAAAAACACAAGACAGAAUUGGAAAGCCUGCAGCAUCAGCAGGAUAACCUUUGGGCUGAAAAACUCCAAGCCUUAAAGCAGCAGCAUCAGACUGAAAUGGAAAAGCUUAGAGAAAAGUAUGAACAAGAAAGAGAAACAUUGUUGAAAGACAAAGAGAGUCUUUUCCAAGCUCACAUAGAAGAGAUGAAUGAAAGGACUUUAGAAAAGCUUGAUGUGAAGCAAACAGAGCUGGAAUCAUUGUCUUCUGAAUUGUCAGAAGUAUUAAAAGCCCGUGACAAGCUGCAAGAGGAACUUUCUGUACUAAAGGAUCAAGCAGAUAAAGUAAAGCAGGAAUUGGAGGCCAAGCUGGAUGAACAGAAAAAUCAUCACCAGCAACAAGUGGACAAUAUAAUUAAAGAACAAGAGCUAUCUAUCCAAAGAACCGAGAAGGCAUUAAAAGAUGAAAUUAAUCAGCUCAGGCUUCUUCUGAAGGAAAAGGAUAAGCAUCUGAAAGAGCAUCAGGCGCAUGUGGACAAUUUAGAGGCAAAUAUUAAAAGAUCCGAAGGGGAGCUCCAGCAGGCAUGUGCUAAAUUGGAGCUUUUUCAGUCACACCAGAGUACCACACACGAGCAGGCCAAAGCCUAUGAGGAGCAGCUGGCCCAGCUGCAGCAGAAGCUGUUGGACUUGGAAGCAGAAAGAAGCCUUCUUACAAAACAGGUAGCUGAAGUGGAAACGCAAAAGAAGGAUUUUUGUACUGAGUUAGAUACUCACAAAAUCCAGGUGCGGGACUUAAUGCAGCAACUUGAAAAGCAGAAUAGUGAAAUGGAGGAAAAAGUAAAAUCUUUAACCCAAUUCUAUGAGUCCCAACUUAAAGAUAAUAACAUAGAGCAGGGACAGACAAAGCAAAUCCUGAUGGAAAAGGAAAAUGUAAUUUUACAAAUGAGAGAGGGACAGAGCAAAGAAAUCGAAACGCUCAAACAGGAAUUAUCGGCCAAGGAGGACAGUAUUAGUGUUUUGCAUGAAGAAUAUGAAACCAAAUUUAAAAAUCAAGAAAAAAAGAUAGAAAAAAUUAAGCAGAAAGCAAAGGAGAUGCAAGACACAUUAAAGAAGAAAUUGUUGGAUCAGGAAGCCAAACUUAAAAAAGAGCUUGAAAAUACUGUUCUAGAGCUUAGUCAGAAAGAAAAACAGUUCAAUGCCAAGAUUUUGGAAAUGGCACAGGCUAACUCAGCCGGAAUUAAUGAUACAGUGUCAAGACUGGAAACAAACCAAAAGGAGCAAAUAGAAAGUCUUACCGAGGCGCAUAGGCGAGAACUCAAUGAUGUCACUUCAGUCUGGGAAAAGAAACUUAAUCAGCAAGCUGAAGAAUAUCAGGAAAAACAUGAAAUCCAAUUACAGGAAAAAGAACAAGAGGUAGCAGAACUGAAGCAAAAGGUCCUCGUAUUUGGGCGUGAAAAAGAAGCGAUGAACAAGGAAAUAACACGGCUUAAGGAAGAAGUCGUUACGCAGGAUACACUAUUAAAGGAGUUAAAGGAACAGCUGAACCAGGAGUCUGCUCAUAGGAAUUCUCUCUCACAAAAUGAAACUAAACUGAAAGCGCAACUUGAAAAGCUGGCAGCUGACUUGAAGCAUUCUCUGAAGGAAAAUACUCUUCUUCAAGGGCAGGUAGUUGAGCUGAAGAUGCUGGCAGAAAAAGAUAAGCUUAAGGUCUCUGAGUUGACCGACAAGUUGAAAACCACAGAUGAAGACUUCCAGAGUUUGAAAUCUUCACAUGAAAGAAGUCAGAAAAGCCUAGAAGACAAAAGCUUGGAAUUUAAGAAACUGUCUGAGGAACUGGCAGUGCAGUUGGAUAUUUGCUCUAAGACUGAAGCCUUAGUACAAGCUAAAACAAAUGAACUGAUCAGCAUCAGUAACAGUAAAAUUAAUGCUAUUCUCUCUAGAAUUUCCCAUUGUCAGCACCACACAACGAAAGUGAAGGAGGCACUUCAAAAUAAAACUUGCAAAGUUUCUGAACUGGAAGCGCAACUUAGACGGCUAACGGAAGAGCAAAAUACACUAAAGAGUUCUUUUCAACAGGCUACCCAUCAGUUAGAAGAAAAGGAAAAUCAAAUCAAGAGCAUGAAGGCUGAUAUUGAAGGUCUUGUAACAGAAAAGGAAGUCUUACAGAAGGAGGGAGGGAAUCAGCAACAGGCUGCCUCUGAAAAGGAGUCUUGUAUCACACAGCUGAAGAAAGAACUAUCGGAAAACAUCAAUGCUGUCACACUGAUGAAAGAAGAGCUUCAAGAGAAAAAAGCUGAGAUCAGCAGUCUCAGUAAACAGCUCUCUGAGCUGAAUUGUCAACUUCAGAAUAGUAUCAGCCUCGCUGAGAAAGAAGCAGCUAUGUCAUCACUAAGUAAGCGAUAUGACGACGAACAACGUGCAUUGCGGGAUCAGGUGCAAGAUUUGACUUUGAAAGCGGAAACUCUGAGUAAAGAGAAAACUUCUGCCCUGGAACAGGCAGAUCACUGGUCUAACAAGUUCUCAGAGUGCAAGAAAAAAGCGCAGUCAAAAUUUACACAAUAUCAAAAUACUAUCAACGAACUGCAGGUGCAGCUCGAGUUAAAAACGAAGGAAGCCAGUGAAAAAGAUGAGCAGAUAGCUUUCCUGAAGGAAGACCUCUGUCAGCAAAGUCAAAGAUUUGAAUGUUUAAAGGGCGAAAUGGAAGAUAAGACGAGCAAGAUGGAGGAAAAGGAGUGUAAUUUAGAGACUGAGUUAAAAACUCAGACAGCAAGAAUUAUGGAAUUAGAGGAGCGUGUUACUCAGAAAACAACUGAAAUCCAGUCCUUAAAUGAAACGCUUAAAAAUUAUAAUCAGCAAAAGGACAUUGAGCAGAGUGAAAUGGUUCAGAAACUGCAGCAUGUGCAAGAGUUAGGAGAAGAAAAGGACAACAGAGUGAAAGAGGCUGAAGAAAAAGUCUUAACACUUGAAAAGCAAGUGGCUUCCAUGAAAUCUGAACUUGAAACUCAGAAGAAAGAAUUGGAACAUGUGAAUGUGAGUGUGAAAAGCAAAGAAGGGGCGUUAAAGGCAUUGGAAGAGAAACUUGAGUUAGAGGGUGCUGCAAAAUUAGCAGAACUGAAGAAAAAGGCUGAACAAAAAAUUGCUGCCAUCAAAAAGCAGUUGUUAUCUCAAAUGGAAGAGAAAGAACAGCAGUUUAAAAAAGACACGGAAAGCCUUCUGAGUGAGCUCAAUACAAAAUUGCAGGAAAGAGAGAGAGAAAUUCACAUCUUGGAAGAAAAACUUAAGUCAGUGGAAAGCUCACCACAACCAGAAACAUUAGUUGUCCCCAGAUCAGCAAAAAAUGUGGCAGCACAUUCUGAGCAAGACGCAGCAGAGCCCCAAGGCUGUGUGCAGAAGGCAUGUGAGGAGAAAAUCAGUGUUUUGCAAACAAAUUUAAUGGAAAAAGAAAAGCUACUGCAGAGGCUAGAGCAGGAAAGGGAAGAGGCCGUUUCUUCUCAUUCUGAAAUGCAGCACAAAUACCAGGAGCUCUUAGUAAAGAUAGAACGUGCUGAAGCAAAGCAACACAAGGAUCAAGUUGUGAUAAAUCACCUUCAAGAGGAACUUGAAGAAAAACACAAGAAGCAUUCCUUGAUAGGACCCCAGCAUGUGGAAGAAAAGGAAGGUCAAAAUAACAUAGGGGUAAAGCAAAACUUGGGAAAUGCUCUUGAGGAUGUCCAGAAAACCCUCCAGGAGAAAGACCUAACUUGUCAGAAAUUGGAGCAAAAGGUAAAAGAGUUGGACUCCUGCUUAGUAAGCGAGAAGGAAAGACACAGAGUUGAAAUGGCGGAGUUGACCUCAAAAUAUGAAAAAUUACAGGCUUUACAACAACAGAUGGAUGGAAAAAGUAAACCCACAGAAAUUUUGGAAGAAAGCGCUGAAGGAAACUCCAAGUCACAUGCGGUGCAAUGCCAAUUGCUUAGUACCAUGGAGGCCGAGCACAGUGACCUGGAGUUUAGGUUAGCGUCGGCAGAGCAGGAGAAGCGGAAGCUGAGCAAGGAGAUUGUGAAACUGCAGAAGGAUAUUCGAGUAUUGCGGAAGGAGCAUCAGCAGGAAUUGGAUAUAACAAAGAAAGAAUAUGAACAAGAAAUGGAAGAGAAAAUCAAGCAGGAGCAGGAAGAUCUUGAGUUGAAGCACAAUUCCACACUAAAACAGCUGAUGAGGGAGUUUCAUACACAGCUGGCACAAAAGGAACAGGAGCUGGAAACGACCAUAAAAGAAACCAUCGAUAAAGCCCAGGAAGUGGAGGCUGAACUUUUGGAAAGCCAUCAAGAAGAGACAAAUCAAUUAUAUAAAAAAAUUGUAGAGAAAGAAGAUGAUCUCAAAAGAACAGCCAAAAAAUACGAAGAAAUCCUUGAUGCUCGUGAAGAAGAAAUGACUGCAAAAGUAAUGGACCUGCAGACUCAACUUGAGGAGCUACAAAAGAAAUACCAGCAAAAGCUCCAGGAGGAAGAAAACCCUGGCAACGAUAAAGUAACAAUUAUGGAGCUACAGGCACAACUAGCACAGAAGACUACGCUGAUCAGUGAUUCAAAGUUGAAAGAACAAGAGUUCAGAGAACAGAUUCACAAUUUAGAAGACCGAUUGAAGAAAUAUGAAAAGAAUGUGUAUGCAACAACUGUGGGGACACCCUACAAAGGUGGCAGUUUGUACCAUACUGAUGUCUCGCUCUUUGGAGAACCUACUGAGUUUGAGUAUUUGCGAAAAGUGCUUUUUGAGUAUAUGAUGGGUCGUGAGACUAAGACCAUGGCAAAAGUUAUAACCACUGUACUGAAGUUCCCUGAUGAUCAGACUCAGAAAAUUCUGGAAAGAGAAGAUGCUCGGCUAAUGUAUACUUCACCUCGCAGUGGUAUCUUCUGAGUAAACCAUUGAUGUCUGUGCUUAGUUAGCAUGUGUCAUGGCUCCGAUCUUCAUCUUGAAGAAAUGAGAAUAAUUUCAUGUUGGACAAGCUUGGAAAACUGCACAUUUGCAGUUCUUUGAGAAAGAAGCUCUUAUUCAGGGCCCCUCAUGUAGCCAAAAGACCAAGGAAAAUCUGACACAGGCCCACAGAUAUACUGCAGACUGCCUUUAAAAUAGGGUGUAUCAGUGGAGAAAUGGUGAUAGUUUUUCCUUUUUUCUUCAUUUUUCUUUGGUUGGGAAGAGUUUUAUGUUGUUUAAAAUUUUUUGAAUAACUUAACCUGAUUUAUGGGCUCACUUAAAUGUUCCUUUCUUCCAUUCUUUUUGUCCCUCUUUUUAAAGAACUGCUUGCCUUUUCUAUUUAUUUUUAGAGUGAUUUAAAAAAAAACACACAAAACUUGUGCAAUACACUUUGAGGUGAAACUUAGUGGAUUUUUUUUCUGAUAAAUUAGGUCAUUUAAUUGACUAUUUUAUCCAUAUUGAUUUGUUGAAUACGCUAAAGACUAGUUCUUUAAACUAUGACAUGAUAAAUCCAAACAGCAGUACCUCAUUGUUUACUUAGCUUUUGUACUUAUAUUUUUCAGAGGAAAAAAAUACUACUGUAAAUUGUAAAUAGUACAUAACUAUUGUAUGCAAAUCCGUGACUGUUGGCAAUGUCAUCUUGGAAGAACAGAUGAAUAAAGUUUAUUUACUAUAUAAAA